UGCAGAUCUAAGUGAUCUUACAAAUGUGGUUUUGAAAUCAAAACAAAUUGUUGAUUUGCUUGUCAAAUUGAAGUAUUCACCUGCAAGCCAGUUAAUAAUAUUUUCUGCUUAAAGCACACGUGUUUAAAGCUAACAAUAUGUCUUCCCUUCAAAAGUCAGUAUUAAAAUCUAAACUGCCACCACCAGGUGUCAAUUUUGGACAUGGAUCUAGGGUAAAUAAAUCAAAAGGCUUUCAGCGUAAAAGAGACUAUGAACCCGUACAGUGGAUUCCAUACUUUGAUCAUUCCACUGAUAUAAAAAUAGGAGAAAAUACUUUUCAUAUUUAUACUAAAGGAAUGGAAGGACCAACAUUGGUCUUAUUACAUGGCGGAGGUUAUAGUGCUUUAACAUGGGCUGAAUUUACAAAAUCUAUUAUGACGAUGGUAAUCUGUAAAGUUAUGGCGAUUGAUCUUAGAGGCCAUGGAGAUACACAUACAACUAAUGAAGAAGAUUUGUCCGCCGAUACUUUAGCUUUGGAUAUAGCAGCAGUUAUAGAAGUAGCUAUAGAGGAAGGACCAGUAAUUUUGGUCGGUCAUAGUAUGGGAGGUGCAGUAGCUGUUAAAGCUGCACCAUUAAUAGCAAAUUUGUCUGGUUUGGGUGUCAUAGAUGUUGUCGAAGGGACAGCAAUGGAUGCUUUGGCAUCUAUGCAGAGUUUUUUAAGAUCUCGACCAUCUAGUUUUAGUACUAUUUCUCAAGCUAUUGAAUGGUGUGUACGAAGUGGUCAAAUUCGAAAUGUACAAUCAGCUAAAGUUUCAGUACCUGGGCAAAUAAAGAAUACCGAAACCAAUCAAUUAGCAACUCAUGAUAUUGAUUCUCUUUCACAAACAUCUUCAUGUGACUGUAGUCCUGAACCAGCGAUUCAACGUGAAGAUAUUAUUGAAGAAGAAGAAUCUGUAAAUAUGCCUCCACCUACAUCUUCUAUUUUACAUACUAAUAGAAAGUAUGUUUGGAGAAUAGAUUUAGCAAAAACUGAGCAACAUUGGUUUGGAUGGUUUAAGGGAUUAUCAGCAUCAUUUUUGAAUGUACCAGUCCCUAAAGUGUUAUUAUUAGCAGGGGUAGAUAGACUUGAUAGAGAACUUACAGUGGGCCAAAUGCAAGGAAAGUUUCAAAUGCAAAUCUUACCAGCAUGCGGACAUGCUGUUCAUGAAGAUGUACCAGAUAAAGUUGCAGAAGCUAUUGCAACAUUUAUGGUUAGACAUAAAUUUGCAGAACCUGCUUCAGAUUUUCCACGAACCUUCCCUGCUUGCUAAAUCUAUUAAUAAAGAAUGAGUAUUAAACUAGAUACAAAUUAAGAAACAAUAAUUUGGAAAAUGUUGAACUAAAUAGAUGGAACAGCUAAUAAUUUAUCGAAAAAAUAUGUCUAUAAAAAUAAGGGAAAAACGUGUAAAUAAACGUAUUACACCAUUGACGGCAAUAUAAGUUUGUUCUUAUAUAUAGCCUACUUCAUUUUUAUGUACAUUCAUAUUAUUGACAAAUAUUUAUGUAUAGAGAUUGAUUCAUUAACUCUGUUAAACAGAGUUAUUUAUGAUUAAUUAUUUGUAAUUAAUUGUGCGAGUCGUCUUGUAUAUAAAAUAUAAUUGAAAAUUAUUUUAAAUAUAUCAUUAUAUAAUUCUUAUUCGAAUACAAUACACGUUUUCUUUCUUAUGAUUUAAAGUUUAUCAAAGUAUUUAUAAGUUAUCGUAAAACAGAAAAAAUAAAAUAAAAAAAUAAAAAUAAUUUAUCACAAUAUGUAUCACGUAUAUCGAUCAAUGUAAUAUAUUUCUUAUCCUCUUAAAUAUUAUAAAAUGUAUUAAAUAAGUGAUAUCGAAUGAUUUAUAAGUGAUAAAAUAGUUUCUCAUAUGAUAUGAAUUUUUAGAAUGAUUAUAGGAAUGUAUUGAUUGUAAUUGAGAUUUCGGUUGAGUACUUAUGACAAGUAAUAUAUGUUCUCGCUUAUACAUCUCUUAAGGAAUUUUCGAUGACAACGCAAGGACCUCCACGUCCAGUCAGCAAAGGUGUAACCUUAUAGUACAAUAUCAGAUUAACAAGCAAUUCAAUAUUAUCAAAUAAAAUAUUUCUUUGAAUGUA